GAAAGCAGCAGACACACGUUGCUGGGCCAGUGCCAGGUCGCGCUGCAAGGACAGGCCGUGCCGACCCACCUUUUGCCUGGCGCUAACCAAUUACAGCCAGUUUUGAGAAUUGUUCGUCACCUCUCCGGCCAACUCUGCACAUGCAGGCCAUCGAGCACCAGCCCAUUGCACCGUAGUGAAGCUCCUCUCGCCCUCGCUCCCAUCAGCACACGAUGCUGCAGCCGCGGAUAUGUCGCUUCCAGCCCUCACGCCUGGGCAAAGCGCUCCUGUGCGCCCGUACCUAUGCCCAAGCCCAAGCAAUCGACCUGAGGCCUCCACCAUCAUUGCAGCCAUCCAUAGCCGCUGACGACGCGGCCGUCAAGUCCGAGGGCACGCGAAAAGACAAAUUUAUUCCCCUGCGAACCUACAAGCCUCGAACGCCCGGUCUGCGGCAUCUCAAGCGGCCCGUCAACGACCAUCUGUGGAAGGGACGACCACACCUCAAGCUCACCAUUGAGAGGAAGGGCCAGCACCUGGGAGGGAGAAACAACACAGGCAGGGUCACAGUCCGGCACAGGGGAGGUGGACACAAGAGAAGGAUUCGAAUUGUCGACUACAAGCGCUAUCUGCCCGGCAAGCAUGUGGUGGACAGGAUAGAAUACGACCCGAACCGCAGCUCGCAUCUGGCCCUCGUGACCCGCGUAGAGACGGGCGAGAAAUCGUACAUUAUUGCUGCGGAUGGCAUGCGGGCUGGCGAUGAGGUGGAGAGCUACAGGACUGGUAUUCCGAAAGACUUGAUCGCCAGCAUGGGCGGUGCCAUUGACCCUGGUAUGCUGGCCGCAAAGACGGCAGCGCGAGGAAACUGCCUCCCGAUUCACAUGGUCCCCCUCGGUUCGCAAGUCUUCAAUGUCGGGUCCAAGACACAGGGUGGAGGCGUUUUCUGCCGCAGCGCAGGCACGUACGCAAUCAUUGUCAACAAGGAAGAAGUGGAAAAGGCCAAGGGCACCGAGAUCAAGCACGUUAUCAUUCGAAUGCAGAGCGGCGAGAUCCGUAAGGUCAGCGCAGACGCAUGCUGCACAAUUGGUGUUGCCAGCAACCCUCAGUCACAUUUCAAGUCCCUCGGCAAAGCAGGACGUUCGCGAUGGCUAGGGAAGCGGCCGGAGGUCCGUGGUCUAGCGAUGAACGCAGCUGAUCAUCCUCACGGUGGUGGUCGAGGUAAAUCAAAGGGUAACGUGCACCCUGUCAGUCCAUGGGGCACUCCGGCCAAAGGAGGAUACAAGACGAGGUACAAGAGGAACAAGCACACCUUCCUCGUGCAAGACCGACCACGCAACCAAGGCAAGCGUAGGUCGAAGUAAGUGUAUCUAUAUGUGUUGCGUUUCAAGCUGUACCAUACUUUGCAUACCACAGGAAAGAACAAGUCCGCCAUCGGGCAUACUGUACUAUAUUUGCAUAGCGUCAUGGCUGCAUGCUGCUCCAAAAUCCAUAUUGUACGCAUUUACUAUGCUUGUGGUUCCUUACAUUCCGUGUAGGAAGACAAUUGAUGAGGUCUUGAAAGGGAAUUCUGUGACUACAUAGCCAUGCGUGCUCGCUCCCAUGGCAUAUUUCCGCCUUUUCCCAGAUAUAUACAGUCUACUACAUACUCAUUGCUUCCAAUGUCAUCGUCAUGGG